AUGGCGGCCGUGGCGGGGGGGUCGAGUCCCGUGCACGGCCUCGUGUCGCUGCCCGACCGCCUUCACGGCCUCUUCGCCUCCACUGACUUUCCGCCUUCCGCCGAGUUAAACCCCAGCGCGCAUGACGCCGCCUCCCGCGCUGCUGCUCACCUACCCCCGUUACCCGCUGCGUCGUUGAUGCUGCCGCCACAGGAGCCACGAGCCGGAACCGCUGGCACGUCAGCUGCAGCUUCGGCGGAAGCGCGCUGGGAGAGCGACUCGGCAGCCACGCUCGCAGCGCCAUUGGCGACUUCGACGAGCGCGCCACUGGCCGCGGGGUUUGCGACAUUUGCGGGCUCUGGCCGUCACGCCGACGACAGCGCCUCGAGGUGGCGGAGGCGACUGGAGCAGCGCGAGGAGCCCGUGGCCGCAUCCAGCGGCGGUGCGCCGCCGUUCGCGGGGGGGCCAGGCGCAGCGUGGGCACUCCCCUCGGUGGGGCGGCUGGUAGCAGCGCAGGGGGCGGCGGGCGGUGGAGCGGACGUACUACAAGCUGCAAUUGCUUCAGAGUGGAUCCCCGCGGCAGCGGCGGCCGAGGACCUGCCGCAGGCGCUGGAGCAUGCAGGCGGGGGAAUGGAGGGCGCAUGCGGAGGCGGGGGAAUGGAGGACGUGGUGGGGGGCUGGGGCACGUGGGACACGGCGUGGGGCGUGAUGGGGAUGGAGGGGGGGUUGAGCAGCGGCGGCACUGGCGCGGCGGUGGAGAUGGAGAUGCGAUGCGCCGAGGAGCUGCUCAGACGCACCGCCAUGGUGCCCGAAGCCGAGGCGCGGGCCCUCGUCCCCCACGGCGAGGCCGCGCCGGCCAUGGCUUCGCGCGAGGGCGAGGCAACGGCCAUGGUGGGCGAGUUGGAGGCGCCGGAAGAUUGCACGCAGGGCGGGGGCAUGGCAGACCCGCCGUCGCACCCUCUCGGCGUCGCUGCAGCGCAAGCACCGCCUGCGUCUCGCGGCGACGCACCCUCUCCGGGUGCAGGUGCUGCCCCAGAAGUCGCCCGCUUCUCCCGCCGCAACACGUGGUCCGCAGCGCCGUUACCGUCGUCGGCGGACGCGGCGCUGAUGCAGGCGAUGGAGCUCGACCGCCUCGAGCACGACGCCGCCAUGGCGCGCCUCACCGCCAUGGCCGCAUCUCACGGCGCCAAUCGCGCCCUGCCUCCCGCCCCGCCGCUUGCUUCCACCGUCCUUUCCCCAACCGCCCCCAGUACCCGCCUUUCCGCGGCACCCGCUUCCGCUGCGCGCUCGAGUGACGCCAUUAUGACAGCUGCGCCUGCCGCCGUGCCCGCCGCCAUGGCUGACAGCGCCAUGGAUGCUCCCUUCCUGCCCGCCCUCGACUUCCCUUCGCGGCCCAAGCGCGCCAAGCCGCCCCACCAGCAGCAGCAGCAGGGGCAGGGGCAGGGGCAGGGGCAGGGGGCUUCUGUGAACCAUGAACUUCUGCCCGAGUCCCACCUCCCGCCUGUGCUACCCGCAGCUAGCGCUCCUUCCGCCUGCCCAGCAGCCGUCUCAUUGGCCGAGGCCUUCCGCAUGGAGGCGCUCCGAGCAGGAUGGGGUGCGGGGGAGGGGAAGAUGCGGAAUGAGGAGACGCGUGAGGGGGGGAUGAAGGAGAGGGGUGGGCAGGGCGUCGAGGCAUGGCAGGGUGGAGCAAGGGGAGGGCCAGCAGGGGGGGAAAGCGUGGCGUGUGGUGCCUCCAGCGGUCAGACGGGCACGCAGGGGGGCGCGUGUGAAGGGGACGGCGAAGCAGUGGACGCGGAAGUGCCUGGGGGCUCGGAGGGGCAGGCAGACGGGGAUGGUGGGGCGGAAGAGCGGGGGAGGGAGGCGGUGAUGGAGGGACCCGGCGGCAGCGCAGCAGCGGAGCUGUGCAACCCAGUGAGUGCAGCCGGGGGGGGCACUGCUAGUGGCGGGGGCGGAAAGUCAGCCCAGGCGACAGCAGCAGCAGGAGCAGCGUGUGCAGGGCACGGUGGAGGAGCGAUCUUUGACCCCUGGGCCCCCACGCGCACCACCACGUGCACCGUGGCCCACCUGCCGGGCAUUGCCCCAGCUGUGCAGGAGCUGCUAGCGCGGCGCUUUGCGGCCAACCAAGAGCGCUCCGCCCUGCCUGCUGUGGCGCCAGAGGUACAGCAGCUGUUUGCCCGCCGCCACACCGUGUCCGGCACUCCCUCACUGCGUCAUAUGGGCUUGCAGCACAGCCUGCCCCACCCCUUGCAACCACUCCCCUUCACCCUCCCACCCAUCCAGUCGCUUGAAGACCCUCUCCCUCUUAUGCCUCGCUCCCUCGCUUCCUUUUCCACAACUGCACCUGCUUCAGCAGCUGCCGUUGUGCCAUCUGCUCGCACGCUCUUCCCCUCAAUGUCACCCUUCAGCAGCACCACCCUGGGAGGGAGCUUAAUGCCUUCUCCGCCCACCACCGUGCCAGCGCCCUUCCCCUCGCCUGCCAUCCCAUCGCCGGCCACCUCAUCACCUGCCAUCCCGUUCCGCUUCCUCACGCCUCCCCUGACGCCCUCCUCACCUCCCCUCACCGUCACACCCAGAGGAGCCAUCAGCGCCGGUGCUGCCAGCAGCAGCAGCAGCGGCAGUGCAGGAGCAGCAGGGCCCUUUGCACGAUCAAGAGGGUUUAGGGGUUCAACAGGGCCAAAGGGGUCAACGGGGUCAAAGGGGUUGACAGACCCUUUCACUUUCCCCCCACCCUCUGCAGCGCUCCAAAGCGAGGCAGCACGGGGCAGCACGCUUCAUGCCGGCUCCAAGCGAAGCCUUUCCUCCUCCACCCUCCCCUCCAUCACUCUGCCUGCCAUCCCUCCCUUCCCACCCUCCGCCCCAAUCCAACGCCAAACCUUCCUGCCCCUGUCCGCACCUCCCCCUCCCUUCGCAGCCACGUCCUCCCUCCUCCCAUUCCUGCCCAACACCUCCACCACGGACCCCCUGCGCUGCCUGGGGUGUGGGAUCGAACUAGACCAAGAAAAUGCAAGGGAAGCCCUGGCUUUACCUGAGGGGGUGGGGCCGCCUUUGCCUCCCGGCUCGGAAAUGCUUGCCGGGCGCAUUCCGCGCGUGCACGGGUGUAACGAGUGCCUGCCGCUGCUCGUGCCCAGCUACUUCAGAAGGCGGGCAGCUGCGAAGAAGCACACUCCUAACAAGUCAACGUGA